GACGCUCAUGGCCAGGAGAUAUCAUUUGCAAGAUUUCCUCCGAGAGGAGGCGUUUGUCAUUGUAGUGCAAUCUAAGAAUGGGUGUCCUUAGACACAGGGACCGACCGUAUGGUCAUGCAACUGUUUUGGAUGCUUUAAAAAAAAUCCCCACACUCAUUACGCGUUUUUUGCUUCUGACUUUUUUUUAAGACAUCUGCUCCGGAAAGCUCAGGGACCCUUAGAAUUUUCGUUUUCUAAACGAAUCCUAAUGUUUCCUGUGACGGAAUCGAUUCAGAGGAUAUCUUUUCAGUAAGGAAGGAAACCUCCUGCUCCCUGGGGAUGUCUCAGGAUUUUUAAACCUAAAUAUUUACUCUUUUGUGCACAGACGCUGGAAGCAUUUGGGUGAGGCAGUGCAGUGCUUUUUGGGAAAUGCAUCACGUCCCUUCUGUUUUUGAAAAGCUAAUCUAACUUGGUCUUUUUUUUUUUUCUUUUUUGGAUGAGUUACCGCCAAUAUUGUGGAGAAUGAAAUAUGACUGAGGACUCGCAGAGAAACUUUCGUUCGGUAUAUUAUGAGAAAGUGGGGUUUCGUGGAGUUGAAGAAAAGAAAUCAUUAGAAAUUCUCCUAAAAGAUGACCGUCUGGAUAUUGAAAAACUUUGUACCUUUAGUCAGAGGUUCCCUCUCCCGUCCAUGUACCGUGCAUUGGUAUGGAAAGUGCUUCUAGGAAUCCUGCCUCCACACCAUGAGUCCCAUGCCAAGGUGAUGACGUAUCGUAAGGAGCAGUACUCUGAUGUCCUUCAUGCCCUGAAAGUCAUUCGCUUUGUCAGUGAUGCCACACCUCAGGUUGAAGUCUAUCUCCGCAUGUAUCAGCUGGAAUCUGGGAAAUUACCUCGAAGUUCCUCUUUUCCACUGGAGCCAGAAGAUGAAGCAUUUCUUGCCAUAGCUAAAGCCAUGGAGGAAAUGGUGGAAGAUAGUGUUGACUGUUACUGGAUCAUCCGAUGCUUUGUGAACCAAUUAAAUACCAAGUACCGGGAUUCUUUACCCCAGCUGCCAAAAGCUUUAGAACAAUACUUGAAUCUGGAAGAUAGCAGACUGCUGACUCAUCUGAAGAUGUGUUCUGCGGUGUCCAAACUUCCUUAUGAUCUCUGGUUCAAGAGGUGCUUUGCAGGAUGUUUGCCAGAAUCCAGUUUACAGAGGGUUUGGGAUAAAGUUGUGAGUGGAUCCUGUAAGAUCCUAGUUUUUGUAGCUGUUGAAAUUUUAUUAACCUUUAAAAUAAAAGUUAUGGCACUGAACAGUACAGAGAAGAUAACAAAGUUUCUGGAAAAUAUUCCCCAGGACAGCUCGGACGCGAUCGUGAGCAAGGCCAUUGACUUGUGGCACAAACACUGUGGGACCCCGGUCCAUUCCAGCUGAAUGCAGCCGCUGGUUGUGGACCGUCUUGAGCAUUUGUGUUCUUUGCAUGUGAUCUGGGAAACUGAUUGAGUAAUAGUUUUCUUGCUUUGGUGCUGAAAGUGAUUUUUUUUCCCCAAUAAAAUUAUUUAAUUGAAA